GACGCGGCCGGUGGAUCUGAAGUGGACAGCAGAAGCAUUUUUGUUCAGUGUUUACAUUUAAAUCGGUGAUUAUUAUUAACAUUAUUAUUCCAUUCUAAACGGUUCCUGCGACUGACUGAUAAAAACAGGAGCGACUGCGAGAUGUGACAGGAUGCUGAACCAUCAAUUCAGAAGGAACCCGGAGCUGCAGAUCCAGGCGGCCGUGGCGGCCGGAGACGUCUGCACCGUGCGUAAGAUGCUGGAGCAGGGAUACUCGCCCAAAAUCAGAGACGCCAACGGCUGGACGCUCCUGCACUUCUCCGCCGCCAAGGGCAAGGAGCGCUGCGUCCGAGUCUUCCUGGAGCACGGAGCCGACCCCACGGUGAAGGAUUUCAUCGGCGGUUUCACGGCGCUCCACUACGCCGCCCUGCACGGCCGCACCCGUAUCGCCCGCCUCAUGCUGGAGUCCGAGCACCGCGGCGACAUCAUCGACGCCAAGAGCAACGACGGCUGGACGCCGCUGCACGUGGCCGCUCACUACGGUCGCCACUCCUUCGUGCGGCUGCUGCUGGAGUUUCACGCCGCCGUGGACCCGCUGAGCGACAAGGGCACCACGCCGCUGCAGCUAGCCAUCAUCCGCGAGCGCUCCAGCUGCGUGCGCCUCCUGCUGGACAACCGCGCCGACAUCGACGUGCAGAACGGCUUCCUGCUGCGCUACGCCGUCAUCAAGGGCAACCACGCCUACUGCCGCAUGUUCCUGCAGCGCGGCGCCGACACCAACCUGGGCCGCGUGGAGGACGGGCAGACGCCGCUGCACCUCUCCGCCCUGCGCGACGACCUGCUCUGCGCCCGGCUGCUCUACGCCUACGGCGCCGACACCAACACGCGCAACUACGAGGGCCAGACGCCCGCCGCCGUCUCCGCCAGCAUGUCCUGCACCAGCCGGCCCUGCCUCGACUUCCUACAGGAAGUGACACGGCAGCCGAGGACGUUACAGGAUCUGUGCAGGAUUAGGAUCCGUCAGUGUAUCGGCCUGCAGAGCCUGAAGUGUUUGGAGGAUCUUCCCAUCGCCAACCUGAUGAAGGAUUAUCUAAAACACAAGUUUGAUGACGUCUGAACCUCAGCAGCAUCGGCGCAUCAGCGUUUCCUCAGACAAACACUAUGCAGUGUUACCUACAGCACUAAAGCACAGCGGCGAUCCUCAUCAUCAUCAUCAUCAUGAAUGGGGCGGGGGGGGGGGGGUUGGUAGCACAGAGGCUGGGGGUAAUAUAGCCGGUUUAUUUUUUCAUGUGUUGCCAACAUUUCAUCCUGGUCAGGGUCACAGUUGGUCCAGUUUCCCUGACAGCACUGGGCGCAAUGCAGUGACACACCCAGACAGGACCCCAAAUAUUCACCCCCCCUCCCACCCCGUCAUGACUGUAUGUAGAUGCCCAAUGUAAACACGGUGGUAUCGGUGCCCUGCGCCCCCCCCCCCCCCCCUCCCCCCUCCCGAAACGGUUAAAGCCAUCAGAUUUAUUUAUAGAAAGUUUAUUUUCUAGUUUCUAGUUUAUCUCCCCCUGCUGGUGGAUCCCUGAUUGUAGGUGAGGUGGGUAUAUUGUGGGUAUAUUGUGGGUAUAUUGUGGGUAUAUUGUGGGUAUAUUGCUCCUCCGACUCGCAUGCAGGAACCCUUUUUACCCUUGCACUCUGCACAGGCGCCUCUAUCUGCUAAUCAGGGUCCUUACACAGCGGUUGAAGACCCCGCCCACAUAGUCCGGCCAUCCCGCCCUAGCAGAGACGUGUCUGCUGUCGGCACUGACAAUUAUACCCGCUAGAUGGCGCCCAGCCGACCGGUGGCGACGCCGAGGAGUUUCGAAUCUCCGCGCUGGUGUGCUAGUGGAAAAUCUCGCUGCGCUAUUGUAGAAAGUGUAGAAUAGUGUUCUGUGUUUUACUGCACAUCAUGUAGAAUAAAGAUGCACCAGGAAUCAUGGAAUAGAAUUAAAAUAAAAUUCUUCCCUCUGAACAGAGUAAAUUUAACGUCAAUUAAAAAUCCAGGUGAAUUUCAGUAGGAGUCAGAAGUUUACAUACACCUGUAACGUUCCCGUAUUACUUCAGCCUCUCACUGAUCUCUGUUACUGUUCUGUUAACAUGUACGGUGGUCUGGCUCACACUCGGGAAUUGGAUAUGACUAAACUGUGAGAUGAAGGGGGGACCGUAAGGGAAGAAACGAAGAAUAAACCCACAGAAGGUUUUAGGUUCGUUUUAGGAAUCAUUAAAAUCCCACGAGUGUAAAUAUGUGAAUGUGAUCGUUUAUUUAUUAUUAACCCUCACUGAUCAUUUAGGGACUGAAACAUAAACCCUGCUGAUGUUCACAAAAAACCCCAAAUAGAAACAUUAGCAUGAAGGCUAACAGAGCCGCUAACGUACCGCCGCGUCUGUAAAUACGUGUUUGAGAUGUACAGCAGAUAUUUUUGUAGGAUUAUUUAAGCUCGGGAGUUUUGUACCAGCGUGUUUGGAUUUCUGUUUGAUUGUUUUUAUGUUUAUUUGUAAUAAAAUGAUUUUAUGGAUUUUAUUUCUGAUUUAAUUCUGAACUGAAGUGAAACACGGAGCCCCUGGAAACCAGUCCGACCUGAUCCUGAUCCCAUUCACCUGAGUUCUGGAGGAAUCUCCAGCGGAUCGUUCGGCUGAGGGUUCAGCUGGGUGUGUGUGUGUGUGUGUGUGUGUGUGUGUGUGUGUGUGUGUGUGUAGGGUGUUGCUCCUUUCCAAACAUAUACAUUUUAAUUCUUAUUAAAUAAUAAAUUCAUGAUUUCACCACCAUAAUAAAAGGAUUAAAUUCUG